AUGCCUUUCAUUCUGCGGUUCCUGUACGAUGGUUUGGUCAUCCGGCUCUACUGCAAGUACGCCUGGGGCUGUUCCAAGGAAGACUUAUCAGAGUUUUAUAAUGCUUGCGUGGCUUCGGCAAACAAGACCGCGAUCCUUGGCCAGCACACCCCUAGCUUCCUGGACAUCGGCGUUGGAACAGGAUACUUUCUUGAACAUGCUCCCUUCUCGGCUGGAAGCCAUGUCACGUUAGCCGAUCUGAAUACAGAUUGUCUACUCACGGCAUCAAGACGAGUUAUUGGCACCCACCCAACCUUGUCGGUUCGGACUCUGGUGGUGGACGUUUUGGAAUCGGACGAAAGGUCGAGCCUGGCGCUCACUUCCGCUCGGCUAGCACCCCCACACGCGGUUGAACCCAAGCCCGGGUUCGACCUCAUAUCCUGUCUUUGCCUCAUUCACUGUCUGCCUGGACCGACUCGGUCCAAGACAGAGGCGAUCAUAUCUCUAGGAAAGCACCUUCGCCCGGAGGGUGUGAUUGUAGGCGCAACCGUUCUCGGAAAAGGUGUACGACAUAACUGGCUUGGGGCUUUUCUGCUCCUUUGGCACAACAUUUUGGGUAUCUUUUCUAACCGUCAUGAUGAUAUUGAAAAUAUCGUGAAGUCUCUUGAGGCUGCUUUCGAUUCUGUCGAGUGGUCAGUCGUUGGCAGAAUGUUACUGUUUGAGGCCAGUAACCCAAAACGUUGA